AUGCAGAGAAUCACUCAAGAGUUCGAAAAGCACCUGAAGCUCGACGAAGAAGAUGGUAAAGAAAACGAACAAGAAAUAGAAUCCCACGGUGAAGAUUACGAAGAUUAUGAUGAUGAUGAAGACGAAGAUGAUUUUUCUUUUGCAUUUGAUGCCGUAAAUUUCUCAACUAUUUCAGCUGAGGACGCGUUUGAUAACGGUCAGAUCAGGCCGGUCUACCCCUUGUUCAACCGGGAUAUUCUGUUGGGUGGUGGUGUUGGUGACGGGCAGGAUUUGGAGACUUUAAGGUUGAAAGAUCGUUUGCCCAACGUUAAAAACGUGUUUGUAGAAGCUGAGGAUGAUGGUUUUCAAUCAACGACAUCGUCCUCGACGGCCGAUGAGGAAGCAGUGGGACCCUAUUGUGAGUGGUCGAAGAAGGUGGUGGAGGCGCUGACGCCGAAGGGUUGUAAGAAGAGUAGCUCAACGGGGUUUUCGAAGAUUUGGAGGUUUAAGGAUUUUGUGCAUAGGAGUAACAGUAAUGGGAGAGAUGCGUUUGUUUUCUUGAACCACCCGACGCCGUCAGCGGCGGCUCCUUCUGCUGCGGCGGUGAGCGCGAGGAAGGAAGAGAAGGCGGCCGAGGGUGUACCGUUAAAGAAAGUCAACGGGAACAAUGGGGCCGUUGGAGUGGAAGCAAAAAAGGUGAAGAAAGUGAAGAAGAGUAAAACGGCGGCGUUAUCACCUCAUGAGGUGUAUAUGAGGAGUAAAGCCAAAGAAGGCGACCGCCGGCGUUCGUAUCUCCCUUACCGGCCGGAGCUUGUUGGUUUAUUCACUAAUGUCCAUGGUGGUGGUCUGACAAGGAACGUGCAUCCCUUCUAA